UUUCGUUGGACUUGGCAACCCUGGCUGCUACAGAGCCGCACAGGGCAGCUUUAAACUACAGAAACGCAGCAGAGUUUAUUCGCUCGGACGUGAACACUAUGUAACGCACCUCCUUUCAUAGCUCCCUACCAUGGAUGAAGGCAACCUGCAACAAGCCAUUGAGACCUACAAUGCUCAGCUUCAGCAGGUAGAAGCUGCACUUGCUUGUGGUCUGGGUGCUUCAGAGCAGGCAGACCUGCUGAAGUUAAAGGAGGAUCUUGUACAACUUAUUGAGCUCACUGAAUCCAGCUUGAUUUCAGUCAAGAAGAGCCAACUUUUUGCCUCAAUUGAGGAUUCCCAAACAAAGCAGGAAGCGCCAGCAGAAACCCAAGAACUGUCCAAGAAGAAUAACAAUUUGGAUGAUGAGUUUGCAGCCUUUUAUUCUGGACUUUCUGAAAGUGCUGCGGAGGUAGCACAAAGCCGCGGGCCUGAUGAUGAUGAAGAGGAAGUGGAUGAUGAGGAGGAGGAGGAGGAAGAAGAAGAUGACUACAUGAGUGGUACUAAAGUACGAGCACCUUAUCGCACCUCUUGGGGAACACUUGAGUACCACAAUGCCAUGGUAGUGUGCUCAGAGGAACCAGAUGGGGAUGAGGCUCGAGUGAGAGUCCUUUACCUCUAUCCUACACACAAGUCUAUAAAGCCCUGCCCUUUCUUUCUGGAUGGCAAGUGCCGCUUUAUGGAUAGCUGCAGGUACUCCCAUGGGGAGGUGGUAUGUGUGUCCGAGCUGAGGGAAUUUCUUGAAGCAGAUCUCACACAAAUGCAGGCAGGAUCUUCGUGUUUGGCCAAGCAUGAAGACGGCAUCUGGUAUCCUGCCAAAAUCACAGAGAUCGAGGAUGGCUUCUACACGGUUAAAUUUGAUUCCUUGCUGCUAAAGGAAGCUGUCCUUGAGGCUGAUAGUGUUAUUCCCCCUUUGCGACCGGAUGAGUCCUCCUCUUCCUCCUCUGACUCGGAAGAUGACUCUGAGGAAUGUGAAACAGGUUAUGCUAAAGUAUUUAGUUCUGCUAAAGAGGAGGACUCUGUUCAGUUGAACAGCUCUGAGUUCUGUGGUUGGGAAGCUCAUACUCGCGGCAUUGGUUCCAAGCUCUUGCUGAAGAUGGGUUAUGAGUUGGGGAAAGGUUUGGGAAAGACACUUUCUGGUCGUGUGGAGCCAGUGCAGGCCGUGGUCCUUCCCAAAGGCCGAUCGCUGGACCAGUGUGCUGAGUUAACUCAGCGGAAGACUCAUGCUGCUAUCGCAAAAGACAAUCCAACCUCUGGCAAACGGAAAAUAAAAAGGAAAAAGAAAUCCACUUCAACACGGCCUAAUGUAUUUGACUUUUUGAACUCUAAACUGGGCGAUGAUGCUCGUUCUGUUGCUGGCCCUUCAGUUAGCUCUUCGGUCAGCGGAGUGGAAGCCUACCAAGGAGGAAAAAGCACCAAGCGUUCACUCAAUGUUCAGCUGUUUCAAGCUACAGAGAGAGUGAGCCAGGUGGAGAAAGAAAUCCAGCAGCUCACCGAGUCUCUGAACAGGCGAAACGGAAGGGAUGCCAAAUUGACAAGCCGCAUGGAGGAGAAGCUCUCAGCAUCUCGGAAGCUGCUGCAGCAGCUGAAAGCUCAGGAGCAGUCUAUACAGAGAGCUCAGAAAAAAGCAGACACUCAUAAGAAAAUGACAGAAUUUUAAUCAACUCUCCAGUGUGAGUGCAAACAAUGUCUAAUGACCUUGUUUAUACUGCUGUUAGGUUAUGAAGAGAUAUGUUUUUCAUACAUUUGUACAAGUGUGCAUGUUAGUGUGCAACUUGGAAUUUGGGAUCAACAUCACUUCCACGCCCGUGAGAUGAGAAAGAAGAAAACACUGAAAUGACUUACAAUACUGUUUCUUCUGAACUAUUUUCCCUUGGAACACUUUUUUUCCACUGUUCUCAGAAUGAGACUUGACCAUUCAUUUAAUACAUUUUUUUUUAAACUUGUGUUUAUCACAAACAUGGCUCCUGUUGACUGAUUGUGCUGCUGGUUUAGUUAUGGUUAGCUUCAGCAGGUUUUAUCGUUAAUUUAAUUUAAUGAUGAAUGUCAACAAUUAGCCAUUCAUAUCUAAAUCCUUUCUACGCCUUAAAUUAUGGCCCAGAAAUCUUGUUUUAUUUGUAUGCUAGACAGUACACUGCACUGUGCUGUAAUAUUAAUGUGGUUUCUGGUUCCUCUCAGGAGGACCAAACAGGAUAUACCAGACUAAUGAAUAAGCAGCUUCCUGGUGCAGUAAAGUGCCGUAGAAAGCUCUGCUGUGUUGCAUAUUCUGUAUUUUUGUUUUGUUUUUCUUUGGAACCUAGUUUGGGAUAUGUAAUUUAACAACUUGGCCUUUAAUAAAUUUUGCUAUGAUAACAUUA